AGCUGAGCCGCUAUAUAAAAAAAUAUCGAUCUCGCGAGACAGAACGACAUAAAACGAGACCUCGGUCAACGAAUCAAAGCGUUGUUUAUGUAUUGUAUUUUGAGGUGGCAAACUGCUAAUUUGCAAGUUACAAAUCCCUCGUAGUAUAGCGAGUGUCACUCGGCUGAAGGACGACAUUAUUGUGCUUUUUUUGAGUGACUGAAUCACAAUUCAGUCACAGUUGGUCACACGGCGCCUCCGUGUCCUUCAACGUUUCACAUGGCAUCUCAACCAGGCAUGUCCGACACAUUGGAGACACGAUUCUAAGUGAAAUGUCACCCCCUUCUGGUUAGCUGGCGAGCGACAAAUGGAGACUAAAUCACGUCACGGGAGAUCUGUUCUCGUGUCCCGUGGACGAGGCUGUAGCUCACUGCAUUAGCGAGGACUGCCGCAUGGGGGCAGGCAUCGCAGUCAUAUUCAAGCGCAAGUUCGGAGGGGUCGAGGAGCUCAAGGCACAGAAGAAGCUAAUGGGACAGUGUGCUGUACUGAAGAGAGGGAAACGUUUUGUGUACUAUCUGAUCACCAAGAAGAAGGCGAGCCAAAAGCCAACCUAUGACAAUUUGAGACAGAGCUUGGAGGACAUGAGAGCACACUGUAUCCAACAUGAAGUCACCAGAAUUUCCAUGCCUCGUAUUGGCUGUGGCCUGGAUCGACUCAAUUGGGAAAGAGUUUCAGCGAUGCUGGAAGAGAUCUUUGAACCUGCACAUAUUUCUCUUACAGUCUACAGCCUCCCUGUGAAAGAAGAGACCUUGGUGAUGAAGGAGAACACAAAUAGAUAAUGUUUUGCAGUUCCUGUGUUUAAGUUUUUAUAAUAGUUGACCCUGAUAUUAAAGGAUAAAUGGUGUUUUUUUUCUCUCUCUAAAAUCAAUUGAACAUCUGUUUGUGAGGGAUCUUACAGUGGAUGAAAAAAUGAAUAUGAACAUGGAAUCUCUUAAAUGUUGGCAUAAAAUUGUCGUACUAAGUAUACUCUGGUCAUCUAAAUCAUAAGACUAAACAAACAGUCUGUUUUUAAACUGAUACAGAAUAAUCAACAAUCAAAACAGCUUAUUUUCACUUUCUUACUUAGCGUAGUGUUUUCAUGACUUGCUUAUAUGCUGAUAAAGGUUUAUGGCACCAUGAUAAAUUUAGGUCGUGUGUUUUACACAUCCACUUCAAACAAAACAAAGUGCAGACUUCCGACAAGACCAAACAGUUGUAAUUUAAGCAAUACAAAGUUCACACACUGAUAACUGAUUCUGUGCCUAUAUGUGUCAUAAAUGUGGAAAGCGGUGAAUAGAACCCACAUGUUCUAUUUAAAACUAUUGAUUCAGCAUUUAAACCCCUGCACUGACCCUUCCCCAAGGUUGCUUUGAGUCCCACUCUGCCCUUCUGUUCUAUGGUGUUCCACAGGGAUCUAUAUUGGGGCCCCUGCUGGUUUCAUUGUAUUUGCCACAUACAAACACAUGGCAUUUCCUUCCACUGUUAUGUGGGUGACCAUCAGAUCUAUGUGUCGCUGAGUACUCCUUAUAAGACCAUUCAUAUCCUUCCUGGAAGCCUCACAGGGAAUCAAUCCUUUCCUGUUACCAGUCCUUCCCUCUGAAAUAACAUCCCCUUAAUUGUUAGGCAAGUUCCCUCACUGUUCAUUUUUAAAUCAAUUUUUAUUAUUUGGCUAUUGACUGCUACUGUAUAUUCAUUUCUUUCAAUUGACUGUUUUAACUGUCUUUGUGGUUGUCCCAUUGCUAUACCCUUUGAAUCCCUUUGUUAUAGUUGUACAGUAAAAUAAUAAAGCUGUAUUCAGGGCCACCGAAGGUCAGGACGGUAAGGACACCAUCAGAAUGAAACUGAAAUGUCAACAUUUAGUAAUAAAUGUGAAAACUUUGAA